AAAAAAAAAAAUCGGUGGCACUUUCCCAGGAAGUGAGAUACCGGUGUCGGUGUCUUCGCGGUCCACUGUGGCAGGAGAAAGCGAGAGCUUUGGGCGAAGCUUGUUGGAGCUCAAGCUGUUUGAAGCGAAGCGUGUGAGAUGGCUGAAAAUGGAGCGGACUGUGAUUUACCACAGAAGAGAGUCGGGCCUAAAGAGAACCGUAACGGUAACUUCACAGAUGCGUCACUCAGGGAGAGAAAACAGCAGGACCGAGAAGAGCGUCUCUCUCUGGUGCUGUGGAGGAAACCUCUCCUCACACUUCAGUAUUCCUUCCUAGAAACCCUCGUCACGCUGAAGGAGUGGACAGGGAGGCUGUGGCAGAGAAGAGGUGCGGUGUUUUUGGUCCUAGUGCUUUUUUCAGUUUUCUCCAUGGCCUACUCUAUAGAGGGAGCACAUCAGAAGUAUGUACAGUAUUUGGAGAAGAAGAUCCUGUGGUGUGCCUACUGGGUAGGCUUGGGUAUUUUGUCUUCAGUAGGCCUUGGCACGGGCCUACACACUUUCCUUCUUUACCUGGGCCCACACAUAGCCUCUGUGACUCUGGCAGCAUACGAGUGUGGCUCUGUAAACUUCCCCGAGCCUCCGUACCCAGCCCAGAUCAUAUGUCCAGAGGAGGAGGUGGUGCAGGAUAGCGUUUCCCUCUGGACCAUCAUGUCAAAAGUCCGCCUGGAGGCCUGCAUGUGGGGUGCUGGCACGGCUAUUGGAGAAUUACCUCCGUACUUCAUGGCACGAGCGGCACGUCUUUCCGGAGCCGGACCAGACGAUGAAGACUAUGAGGAAUUUGAAGAAAUGCUGGAACAGGCACAGAGUGCACAGGACUUUGCAACAAGAGCAAAACUUGCUGUUCAAAACUUGGUUCAGAAAGUGGGAUUCUUAGGAAUUCUAGCCUGUGCCUCAAUCCCGAAUCCCCUUUUUGAUCUGGCUGGCAUUACAUGUGGCCAUUUCCUUAUUCCAUUCUGGACCUUUUUCGGAGCUACUUUAAUCGGAAAGGCGGUUAUUAAGAUGCACAUUCAGAAACUGUUUGUUAUCAUAACAUUCAGCAGGCACAUAGUGGAGCAGAUGGUUUCUCUCAUUGGCGUCAUACCAGGAGUUGGAACUUCCUUGCAAAAGCCUUUCCGUGAAUAUCUGGAAGCCCAGAGGACUAAGCUUCACAACCCGGUUGCAGACGGGACGCCUGCUGGAGAGAACUGGCUUUCCUGGGUUUUUGAGAAAGUGGUGCUCGUCAUGGUCUGCUAUUUCAUUCUGUCCAUCAUAAACUCCAUGGCACAGAGCUAUGCCAAGCGGCUGCAGCAGAGGAAGUACUCUGAGGAGAAAACCAAGUGAUAGAACUCACAGUAAACCAUCUCAGGCUCCCAGUUCGGAAGCUAAAAAACAUUUAACCUAUAAUGGCUAAAUGGGCACUAAUUUAUUUGUGCUUCUGUCUGUACGAUUAUGUAGGAUCUUCUCUUUUUUUUUCCCUCCCUUCUUCAUUGUCUGUAGUGUUUUGACUAUUAAAAUCAGAUGUAAUAACUGUGUGAUUUUUAUCUCUACAGAGACAAAGCAGUUGAGCAAAGACUGUAAGCAGUUAAUACUUGUUGCAAUGCCUUAUGCAACAUUGCAGGGUCAUGCUUCCAUUGAAGUGAAUACAGUUCUAAUCACUAGAAUGAUUGAUUUAUUUAAUUUAUAGGUUACAGUAUGGAUGGCCAGGGUCACUUUUCUUUGUGAGUUGUAUGUUGAAAGUGCUGAUGCAAUGUAGGUUUUCAGGGAGUUUUUCUUUCUUAAACACAAAUCUGAUGUCAUUUUCUUUAUUUGUUAUACAAAGAUAGCAAUAUCGAAACGUGUGUGAUUUCUUAAUAGUUUGCACAUUGUGUAAAUAAUUUGUCUUAACAUGGAUGUGCAUACAUUUAUUCAACUCUGAAGAGGUCUUGUAUCUAAAUAUGACAAAACAAAGCGUUAUUUGAAGCUGGUAAACUAGCCUUGCCUCAUAUACUGUGCAUAUAGACGUUUAACCCCAUAAGCUGCCUCAGUCGUUCUGGAUUUUGUCUGAAUUUUGUUUUGUCUUAGCUUUUUAAUAGCUAUUGGUGACUUAUUACUGUUUGACAUUAAAUUGGAUUAAUACAUCA